AUGGAGCCAUGCAUUAGCAAAUACGGGCUAAUGAGUACCGUUGGGAAUAUUCAAGAACAUUCCCUCUUCAAGGAAGAUACUUAUGCUUUCGGUGUGAUUCUUCUAGAACUUCUCACCGGACGGACGGUUCUAAACGAGGGCUUGGAUCUCGCGAGUUGGGUUCUUGCUGUCGUCAGCGAAGAGUGGACCGUCGAAGUCUUCGAUAAGAGCUUGAUACGCGAAGGUGCUAGUGAGGAGAGAAUGGUAAAUGUGUUGCAAGUUGCGAUUAAAUGCGUUAAUAAGUCUUUCGAGGCGAGGCCGAACAUGAGACAUGUGGCGCUAUCGAUUAGGGCGAUAAUCGAGGACGACGAGAAAUCCAUGGAUGCUUCUGAGCUGUCUAACCUUUCCGGAAACUCCGACGCUCUUCAGCGACAGCUCCAGCAGCUCUUCCAUUUACACGACUCCGGUUUGGAUCAAGCGUUCAUCGAUGCAUUGCCCGUUUUUUCUUACAAGGAAGUUGUGGGCCCCAAGGAGCCCUUCGAUUGCCCCGUUUGUUUGUGCGAGUUCACGGAAACCGAUCAAUUGAGAUUGCUUCCCAUGUGUAGCCAUGCUUUUCAUAUCAACUGCAUCGACACUUGGCUUCUAUCGAAUUCGACUUGCCCUCUUUGUAGGGCUACUCUUUUCAACCCUGGAUUUUCGAUCGAAAACCCUAUUUUCGAUUACGAUGAUUUUAGGGAGGAGGAUGGAGGGUGCCCUAAUUAUGGAGACAGUUUGUUCUCGAUUGCUCAGAAGAGAGUCGAGAUUGAGGAGGUUGCUACUAAAAAGGGGGUUUUUCCGGUUAGGCUCGGAAAGUUCCGGAAGUUGGAUGAAGCCGAAGAGGGUGAGGUUUUAGGGGAGACGAGUAGUAGUAAAUUGGACGGUAGAAGGUGCUAUUCGAUGGGUUCUUAUCAGUAUAUAGUUGGUGAUGCUAAACUUAGAGUGGCGUUGAGCGAAGAUCGAAUUGGAUGCGACAAAAAGAUUGUCGAAGGAGCAAUAAAGGAGCAAUCUUGCAAGGAGUUGGGUGACGAGAGCACAGAGGGGAAGAGGAUAUGUAUCGGUACGAAGACCGAUAGCUAUUCGGUUUCCAAGAUUUGGCUAUGGUCGAAGAAGGGGAAAUACGCUAGUUCUUCCGACGGGCAUUUGGAUAAUAAUAAUAAUCCUUCUUCUCCGAACUUGGACUUAACGUGGAUGCACAGAAGACAAGGCGUUUGAAAGGUGUUGUGCUUUUUUUUUAUUAUUUUUUUUUUAAAUAUAUAUUUUGAUUCGUCGCCCCCCGUAAAUUUACGAUAGUGUUGGGUUUUCUUUUUGUUCUGAAAUUUGAAUGACCUGUUUUGAAAAGAAGUUGCCUUGCCUAUGGUGUAUCUAGAUAAUUGAUGCAUGAAGAGUGUUUCUUGACGGUUUUGUUUUUU